AAAUUUAAGAGAGAUCUCGCAUUCAUCUUGUCGUUGCUUGAUUCGUGAAUCAGCACAAUACAAUCAAAGUCUCUCAAGAACAAUAUGGCAGUAGUGUGUGUCAAAUUAACUCAAAAUUUCGAUAAGAUUGAGCAGGUUUAAACACGGGUGGUGCAGGAAAAAUAAACUUUUCGGUUUGAUGUUGAAUUGUUAUGACCUCAAUGCUUUCGUCAUUCACGCCACCAGUAGUUAAGCGAUUGUUAGGCUGGAAAAAAGGCCUAGACGCAGAUGACAAAUGGUGUGAAAAGGCAGUCAAAAGUUUAGUGAAAAAGCUGAAAAAGUCAGGUGCCCUUGAGGAGUUAGAAAGAGCGAUUUCUUCGCAAAACCAAAAUACAAAAUGUGUCACUAUUCCCAGGAUUCGUCCCAAUGAACUGAAUCAACAAAGGAAAGGACUACCUCAUGUAAUUUAUUGUCGGCUUUGGAGAUGGCCGGACCUCACCUCACACCAUGAAUUAAGACCGUUGGAUCAUUGCGAAUGGGGAUACAAUCACAGAAAAGACCUUGACGAAGUUUGUGUUAAUCCAUUUCACUACACAAGAAUAGAGACACCAUCAUUGCCGGCAAUUCUGGUGCCUCGUCAUACCAUUGAUGAAAAUAAUGUGUUUCCCCACUCUCUGGAAGAUUUAAGUACCUCAGUACCCGAAAAUACCUCGUUUCCUCAUAAUACCACUAGUCUAGGUUUAUCUCUACAACAUUCUGGUGGCUAUAUGGAGGUCGGAAUAAUUCCUAAUGGAACUCCGAAUGGCAUUGAAUCUCCACACAACUCUGCUCCUCCUACUGAGAGUCCGCCUCCAGGAUAUAUGUCUGAAGACGGAGAUCCAAUGGAUCCUAAUGAUAAUAUGAGCCUGCCCAGAAUAUCUCCCAGUCCUCCAGUUGAUGCCCAACCAGUUCUCUAUUGUGAACCGGCCUUCUGGUGCAGUAUCAGUUAUUACGAGUUGAACACACGGGUUGGAGAAACUUUUCACGCUAGUCAACCUUCUAUCACUGUUGAUGGAUUCACAGAUCCCAGUAAUUCAGAAAGGUUUUGUUUAGGACUUUUAUCCAAUGUGAAUCGAAACUCUGUAGUAGAACAAACGAGAAGACAUAUAGGAAAGGGAGUAAGACUGUAUUAUAUAGGUGGCGAAGUAUUCGCGGAAUGUUUGAGUGACUCGAGUAUUUUUGUUCAAUCGCCUAACUGCAAUCAGAGAUAUGGUUGGCAUCCAGCAACAGUUUGCAAAAUUCCACCAGGCUGUAAUUUGAAAAUCUUCAACAAUCAAGAGUUUGCUGCCCUUUUAUCUCAAUCUGUCAGUCAAGGAUUUGAAGCCGUUUAUCAGCUAACAAGAAUGUGUACUAUAAGAAUGUCAUUUGUUAAAGGGUGGGGUGCAGAAUACAGGAGACAAACGGUGACAUCUACUCCUUGCUGGAUAGAACUGCACUUGAAUGGACCUUUGCAAUGGCUUGAUAGGGUCCUAACCCAGAUGGGUUCUCCAAGGUUACCAUGCAGCUCAAUGUCAUAAAGAAAAGACAAAAAAAGAAGAGAAAGACUGUAUGUGUUGUCUAAUUUAAGUUUGUUUUUCGCGUUUCAAAUAUCAUCAUGAAUAUGGCAAAUAUUUAGCGAAACAAAAUUUCGGAAAAAAGUGAGAAUGGUUCGGACCUAUUCUUUUACGACUUUGACCAGAAUAUAUGCAUUUUUGUUACAUUUGGGUUUUAUAUGUUGUUUUGAGUAUAUUCAUACACUCUUCAGAAUUUUAACAGAGAAAAUUACUGUUUAGCUUUUUUAGAAAUCUAUCCUAUAAAUUUUGAUUCACUAUUUUAUAUUACUGCUAUUUCAAAAAUUUUAAUCACUGUUAUGUUGGUGUUGUGAGUAGCGUUUUUUACUGAAUUGUAAUAUAAGUGAUUAUCUUAACUGUGGAACAAAAAUGAUUAUAAAGUUAUUGAGAUUUUAUUUAAGAUGCACACAAAGAAUUAUUGAAUGAUUAUUACAUAUAUGAUUAUUGAACUCGUACAGAUGAAAUCAGUUUCUUUGAUAGAAUUUUUAAAUGUUUUGAUGUUGAUGAUUAACACCUUCAUUCAGGAGGUUUUUGACGAAAUUUUCCAAUAUUACAAUAUAUUUGAGUAAUUUGAAUCUUCAAGUUAUCGCUCUUCUUUCUUUUGUGAAAUAAUAUAGGGUCUUCUUAAAUGAUUGUAACAUUUUAAUAAUUCUAACGGUAUUGAAAACAGAAGAUUCACGAAAUUCUAAUGUUGAUUGAGAAUACAAAUGGAAGGACUAUGAUAUUUGUUUGAAAUUCUUUCAUUGAGAAGCUGCAAAGAAAAAUUCAAAGCUCACUGCAAUGCUUGAAUCAUUCUUAACAGAUCCUGUAUAAAAAUGAAAUUUUGAUAUGAACUUCGAGUUGUACAUACAAAAAAUUGGAAAGACAGACAGAUGGAUUGUAUGAGACAAGCUUGUGGAAUCAGGUAAAAAUUCAUGGAUGAAUGAAAUAUUUGAUAUUUUUCAUUUGAUAUGGUGCAAAAUCUCAAUUUUCAUAAUUCAUUAAUUUCACAGUACCCUAAGUUUAAGCUUUGAAUUAUCAGAACAUGAGAUAGUUAAUUAUGUGUUAAUUUGAUCCUACUGUUAUUUACGGCAUUGAUGGCUCUUUGUUGAAAAAGAAUUUAUGUGACUUUCACCCAAGUUAAUUAUAUUUAUGAUUGUGUUCUAAAAUUUGCUUGCUGUAUUUCUCUUUGUUAUCGAUUUUCCACAGAUGUACAAUAGUAAUAAUGGGUGACAUAUCUUUGCUGACAUUCAAUUUGUCUUAAAAUUUAACAAACCAUAAAGUACAAAAUAUAAAAUAGCAAUCGAUAAACAAACUCAGGAUACUUAAUAAAACAUUCAGUCAAUUGAAUUUGGAAAUAUUUUACUGUUUCUAUUGAUGUCAGCAAAAAAUAAUGGAGCCCUUUAUUUUUGAAGUUGUUUUUUAAAGGUGAGCAUAUAAAACAGAGAUUUUAUACUACCAUGUUUUCCAUUUUUCUUUACAUAUUUUUAGGUUUGUUACAACAUAGUCAAACUUGAGCUAUGAUAUGUAUGUAUCCUAUCUCGAAGUUAUUUAUAAUACUCUUUGGUGAAAACACCAGAAGAUAGCAGACAAGGUUGUUACACAACAUCAUAACUUUGAAUUAAAACACUAUGCAUAUAAAAACUUGAAAAUAUUAUAUUAUAUAUAGUGCUCUGAUGUAAUGAUACUCAUGUUGAAACAAACCUAUUUUCAAUUAUUUUUAAUGUGUUCAGCGAAAGCAGACAAAUCAAUAGUACAAAUAUGGGUUUCUGAGGAAACCCAAACAACACAAAUAUUUAUAUACUUCCUUUCAUGUUCAUUUCACUCUUGGAGAUGCAAGUAUAUCGCUGUCUUAUAUGCUUUGAAAUUUACAAAUGCCCAAUGAUGUGUUAUUUUGGUAUACUAUAUAGACAUAGAUACACUUAAUUUGAUAAGGCAAUUACCAAAUUUAUGUAAUUUACUUUUGACAAAAUAUACUUAUAAUCGUU